GGCGGAGUGUGUAGGUACCGGUUUGGGAUUGGGCCGGACAAUGUCUAAAGAGAUUUCCCAUAAGUCACUGCGGUGUGGGUGGUAUAAAAAAGAUAGCCGCCUCUUCCUCUUCCUAUUCACUCGUGGCUGUCAUGUGGUGUUUGGUCAAAAUGUGUUCGUUCAAGUGGAACUGCGUUUCGCUGGGAGCUUUGAAAAACUGUGAAUGGGACUUCCCUUUUGGCUAGAGGUGGACUGCUGUUUACUCCACUUGGUAUCAGAUGCUGCUGGGGGUAGAUGAAAGCGUUGCCUUUUGCACGUGGCCUGGCCUGCUUCCCGGAAGGCAUUCUUAGGCCACCAGAUACUUUGUCCAGGAGCCUUCGGAACAUCUGAGUGCUUAGAUGCAGGCUUGGCUUCUGUUCGCUACCAUGACGUGCUGCACUGGAAAUGCAGGUGAGAACACGAUGCUGCGGGCUGAUGCUCCUGCUCAUAGGUUCCUGAUGAUGCCCUUUCUCAAAUGUCUGACCUGAAACACAAUGUCGACAUGCAUCCGACUGAGGGGAGCUUUAAGGGCUUUGAUUCUGUCCUUGGCUUGCUUUAGUCUCUGAUCUGUGCUUCUUCCUAGGUGGGAACCUCGGAGCUGUGCCUUCCAUGAGAUCGGGCUGUCACUGGAGGAAAUGGUCUUCAUGAGAAGAUGGCUGAAUAAAAAGGCGUGUGAAUGGAAAUGGAUCUGCCUGUCUUUAGCCUGUACUUAAGUAUUGUACACAAAUUUGUGGCCCCCACCUACCCACCCAACACAACCACAAAUGCAGUACUUGAUUAAUGCCAAAAUGAUGUGGCCACUUUUUUCGUUUUGAUGUUCUGUCUGAUAUGAAACAAAUAAAAUGGUUGACACUAUACUACCAUCUGUUUUGUAAAGUCUCUAUAUCAAAUCUGUAUUCUCAAUAAUGCUUACAAUCUUUAACCAUGAUAGGCAAGAUGGGGUGGGGUACGGACAGUGCCUAUGAUGGGAGUGUAAAUUAAGCGCAAGGACGUCACAUCCUUGUACUAGUAGCUUUUUUGGACCACUGUGGUGAAUGACCCACUUCUAAACUUUACAAGGGUACUGCUUUUUAGAGCCUGUACACUGCAUGCAUGGUAUGGGCCAGAAACUGCUCUGAGAAAUCGUGGGGGGGGGUUGAGGUACAGACUAACUUUUGGAAGGUUUUGUGAUCAUUUGGGGUUAAACGCUUGUAUACCUUCAUUUCCUAAUCAGUAGUUCAAGUUUAUCUAGUUGGCCAACCCCUUAUGUGGCCUCGGUCCAGCGGUCAGUCGGGACGUUGCGGGAAUGUCACUGGGUUUGGGUGCGCUUAGGAGGGGCAACUUCCCGUAUCACGAGAAAAGUCUGUCGCUUUUCUGCUAGCAGUGCUGGAAUACAUACAAGAUGUUACAGCGAAAGCUGGUGAUACCCGUCGCCGGGGCGGUAGGAUGUGACGUUCAUGCAGCGGAAGCCUUUCCCGUGCCAGUCCUUUCAUAAGGGGACCGGAGCGUCUACUGGGCCGAUCGUUUGAAUGGAACCGAUUUAUAUGCUUUUCCUUUCUCCUGUAUUUUUUCUAUCCCAAUGAUGAUUUUUCGAUUCUUGCCCCUAUUCUGGGCAUUUUCUGUGAAAGCGGAUUUUUUCCAGUUUGAAACAAUUUCAAACGUAUCGACGUAUUAUUUUAAUUAUAUUUACUGUAAUAUCUGGGAAGGCGAUUGUCAGCCGCACCAGGAGGAUGCUACACAGAAAGUUCCCUCCAGGGACUUGCUGUCGACGCUCCCGCAGGACUGCAUGCGGUCUCUGGUUGAAUGGUACUGCGCUCUAGGACAGUGCUGUGACACAGGCGAUUGUCGUAUUAUAAAUAAUAUCACAGGACUGGCCAGGGACCUGGAGCUGAGGCUGCAUGGGCAGCACCUCGCUCAGUCUGUAGUUCUGAAGGCGAUAGAGGGCUUUCUGAAAAGCCCUGAUCCAAACAAGCCUUUGACCCUGUCCUUCCAUGGCUGGUCAGGGACUGGAAAAAACUUUGUUGCCCGACUAAUUGCGGAGAACUUGUACCGUGAUGGGCUGAAGAGUGAAUGUGUGACUUUGUUCAUCGCUCCGUUCCACUUCCCACAUGCCAGGCUGGUGGAUGUCUACAAGAGCCAGCUGAAGGAGGCAAUCCGGGACUCUGUGGUUCGCUGCCACCAGGCUCUCUUCAUUUUUGAUGAGGCAGAGAAGCUGCAUCCCGGCCUUAUUGAUGCCAUCAAGCCCUUCGUGGACCAUUAUGACAACGUGGACGGGGUCAGCUAUCGGAAGACCCUCUUCCUCUUCCUCAGUAACAUCGGAGGAGCCGUUAUCAGCGAGGUGGCUCUGGACUUCUGGCACUCGGGGCAGAACCGGGAGGACAUCGGGAUGGAGGACCUGGAGCAUCAGCUGCGGUCUGAAGCCCUGGAGUCACAAGGAGGCUUCGCUCAAAGCCAGCUGAUGUCAGGCCACUUGAUAGAUUUCUUCGUGCCCUUCCUGCCGCUUGAGUACCGUCACGUCAAACUCUGUGCUCGCGAUGCCUACAUGGCACGCGGGCUGCGACCCAGCGAGGAGACCCUAGAUGAUGUGGCAAGGGCUAUGCUGUACUUACCCAAGGAGGAAAAGCUUUUCUCAGCACAGGGGUGCAAAUCCAUACCCCAGAGGAUCAACUUUUUUCUCCCCUGAAAGGGACAGAUCUAUACCAACAACUCUGUAAUCCCCAGAAAGAAAUUGGUGAAAAAUGGAGAAAAGGAACAAAGAUGUCUGUUUAUUUCUCCUGAAGGAUUCCAUCUCUCAACUCUGCUAACUGGGGAGUCUAGUUUGUCUCUGAGGAGACAUUCAAUCAUGUUGUACGUUAAGGGAGUUAUGUUCACCUUUGUUACUUUUACGGUUAUUGCCCAAGCAUUGUCAUAUGUGUUAGUCUACCUACAAGCACUAUAUGUAUGUUAGUCUACCUCAGGUUAAAGCCAUUAUCACCAGAGUGAUUGGGACAGAGUCUUUCUGAGGUCAUUGAGAUAUAUAUAUAUAUAUAUAUAUAUAUAUAUAAACACACACAUACAGAGAUGACCGUUAACUUAUCCAGCAGUUUCUCAUGAA